GCAAUUAGGAAAAAAAAAUCCCCAAAAUUGUGUGUAUUCGUUUACUGAGAGGUGGGAUCUUCCAGGCUUCUAUCGCAGGAGCCAAUUUGACUUUUGAGAAAGCCAAACGGAGAGAAGAGAAGAGAAGAGGAUGAAAAAUGGCGAGGAAAAAUCAAGCUUUUGUCUUGAUUGAUAGGGUAUUACAGAAUUUUCCAUCCUAAUUCCGCCUCCCUUUUCCCCUUCCUUUAUAAUGGCCUUGGUUGAGUUUCUGGGUAUUCCAGUGUAGAUCGAAUUCUUCAAUUCCCCCAACAAUGGAUUCUCCCUCCAAUGUUUCUCUUCAUUGCUGCUAGCCCUUUCCAGCUCCCCUCUCCCUCUUUAAUGGGUUGCAGAAAAUUUACUCUCUUGGCUUUCCCCAACCACUUUUUCGAAUCCAGCCCCUCUCCUCCUUCCGCUGCCGCCGCCGCCGUGCAGACGGCGGAGUUGUAACGAAUCGGCGACUUUUGAGAGCAGGGGGAAAAAAAAAAAAGAAGCAACCACGGAAGAGAAGGCAGAAGAAGAAUCGGCAAUGGAGGAAACGAAUUCCUCCUGGCUACGGCGGACGAAAUACUCCCACACGGUGUGCCAUCGCUUCGACAAGUCGCAGCUGGCGUCGUACCGUUUCGACGUCGAGCAAGAGCGGCAGCUGCGGGGGACGAGGUCGCUAAAUGGGUUAGCGUCUGCCGUGGAGAAAUCAAUAUCCGCUUUCGAUCAGAAGUUAGUUUCCAAGCCCAAUUGGGAUUCUAAUCGGCGGGGUUCUGUUUCUGGUUCUAUUUCGAUUUCACCCCCUUCCCCAAUUUCCCCUCCGGCGUCAAAUCGCCGGGUUUACUCCCAGAUUCAGCGCAAUCCGGUGAUGAACAAGCAGAGAUCUAUGUCGCCGGUGCCGCAGACUUCCGUCCCGGAGUCAUUCAAGGAAGCCAGGUCAGACAAGAGGCGGUAUUCGACCCCUCACCCUAGGCGGAGGAAGGAUCACCAGGAGAGUAAAGGAAUCAUGGGGAAAUUGUGGCACCACAGCCACAGCCACAAGCAGCAGCAGCAGCAAUCUCACGAACCUAAGGCAGUCGAAUCGAAAUCGGUGUUGAACAAGAGCGACAACGACAACGCUAGCCCAAUUCGCCACCUGAAUUCUGUCAAGGGUAAGCAAUCGGCAUGGACGAAGUUCUUUGACCACGCCGGAGGCAGAGUCAACGCGGUGGAAGCUGCAGAUGAGUUCAGCGUCGAUAUGUCGAAGCUUUUCUUAGGCCUGAAAUUCGCUCAUGGAGCUCAUAGCAGGUUGUACCAUGGGUUGUACAACGACGAGCCUGUUGCAGUGAAGAUUAUCAGAGAACCAGAUGAUGACGAAAAUGGAGCACUAGCAGUUCGAUUGAAGAGCCAGUUUGACAGGGAGGUUACCCUCUUGUCCAGGCUCCGCCAUCCUAAUGUCAUUAGGCAGUUUGUGGCAGCUUGCAAGAAGCCUCCAGUCUACUGUGUUAUAACCGAGUAUCUACCAGAGGGAUCGUUGAGGGCAUACUUGCACAAGCUAGAGGAGAAGUCUCUGGCUAUGGAGAAGCUAAUAGGUUUUGCAUUGGACAUAGCUCGAGGGAUGGAGUACAUUCACUCGCGUGGUGUAAUACAUCGUGAUCUAAAGCCGGAGAACAUUCUCAUCGACGAAGAUUUCCAUUUGAAGAUUGCUGAUUUCGGUAUAGCUUGUGAGGAAGCUUAUUGUGAUCUGCUGGUUGAUGACCCUGGUACAUAUAGAUGGAUGGCGCCCGAGAUGAUCAAGAAGAAAUCCUAUGGUCGGAAGGUCGAUGUUUAUGGUUUUGGGUUGAUGCUAUGGGAAAUGGUUGCGGGAACCAUUCCAUAUGAGGAGAUGAAUCCCAUUCAAGCUGCUUUUGCAGUGGUUAACAAGAAUAUGAGGCCAGUGAUUCCUACAAAUUGUCCUCCGGCUAUGAAAGCCUUGAUUGAGCAAUGCUGGAGCUUGCAGCCGGAGAAGAGGCCAGAGUUUUGGCAAGUCGUGAGGGUGUUGGAGCAAUUUCAGAUGUCGUUUUCUCGGUAUGGGAAUCUGAAUCUAGUUCAGAAUCCAAGUUGCCCUGAUCACAAGAAGGGACUUCUUCAUUGGAUUCAAAAGCUUGGCCCUGUGCAUCCUAAUAGUUCCCCCACCCCUAAACCCAAGUUCAUGUGAAUGGAAGAAUACUUUUCUCUCUAUUUAAAUGUCCCAACUAGUUUUUUUGGUAGUGGGUUCCUCCUUCUGGUCACUUGUAAUUAGAAAACAAAGGAGGGAAGAAGGAAAAAGAAAAUGAUAAUUUCUCUUUUUUCCUUUUCUCUAUUCCAUUUGUGCAAUCCACACUGAUAUGAGAAUUUGAAUGGAAAAAAUAGUCUUGCUUGGGUGUAUAGCUCAAAAGGUACAUUCUUUGCCCGUAUUUUAGAUUGUUUAGUCCUGUAUCUUAUUAAUUUAUUUCUAGUUGCGAGUUCUGUUAGAUUUUGUGAUUAUAUGAGAGAU